AUGGAGGGCGCUCGCCGUUCCACGCUGGCGCCCGACGACGCGCUGCCUCGCAGGAUGUCGAGCUCCAGCUCCACCGGCGCGCUCCCGCAGGUUGCUUCCGCGUCGGCUGGAGCUCUGGCAUCGUCCUCCUCGGCGGGGGCCCUGGCGUCGGCUGGAGCGCGCUCGCUGGCAGGGGUCAAGAACUGGACUGGCAUUGGCACGCCAGCCGAUGCCCUGGCCGCGCAGAUCGGCGGGAGGAGCGGCCCGCUCAGCCUCAGCCUCAACGGGCAGCUCGUCGGCACCCCGCCACAGGGGCAGAGGGGCUCCGUGGCAGCCGCAGCAGGCCGCCUGGGCAGCGACGGGUUCUCGCCCCACGUGAUGACGCUGCUGCGCGCGGCCAGCCCCUGGCAGCAGAAGACGCCCGUGCGCAUCCAGGAGGAGACUUGGCUUCCCGGCCUGGAUGCAGGCCCCGCCGCCCCCAGCGGCGAGCCCCUCCGGCAGCCGCGGCCCGCCGGGGCCUCGGCGGCGCGGGAGCCGCUGCCGACGAACUACCUGCGCAGGGUGAGGCGACGAGCGCUGGACAAGGAGGCUGGCAUAGACGACCGGACCCGCAUAGCCGACCUGAGGAUCCUCGCGGACUCCUCGAGCCGGAUGGGGAAGGGGGAGCAGACGAUGCAGGCGUGCUACCACAUGGGCGUCGUCUUCGACAACCAGGGGAAGUUCGAGGAUGCAGUGAAGAAUUACCGGCAGAUGCUGUCCCUGGCCGUCUCCGCCCAGAACCAUCAGGUGGAGGCGCUGGCGUGCAACUGCCUCGGUAUCGACCUGUUCAAGAUGGGGCAGUUCGAGCUAGCAGUCAGGUAUCACAACAAGCACCUUGAGCUGGCGGACCAGCGGGACCGUAUGGUGGCCCACACCAACCUGGGCAUAGCUUUCCAGGCGAUGGGCAUGCACGAACAUGCGGCGGUGCACCACCAGCACGCCGUCGACCACGCCAACCGCAUGGGCGCCAAGGACGCCCAGUGCCUGUCGGUGGGCAACCUCGGCCUCGUCUCCAAGGCCCAGGGCGACCUCCAGACUAGCAAGCUCUGCCUGGAGUACCACCUCAGGGUGGCCCAGGCGCAGCAGCGCCGGCGCGGGGCCAGCGCGUUCGCGGAGCAGACGCUGCGCACGGUCCGCCACGACGCCCACCGCCUGCUCGGAGAAGUCGGGACCUCCCAGGGCUGCCUGGAGGACGCGUCCGCCCACUUCGCCGAGGCCCAGCAGGCCGCCAGGCACCUCGGCGACCAGCCUGAGGAGGAGCGCGCCGCGGCGCUGCGGGGCGUGGCGGAGGGGCUGCUGGCCAUGGACCUGCACUUCGAGGCCCUGGGGCUCACCAAGCCGGCGCUCGCGCUCGGCGCCACCAGAAGCCCAGGCGCCGGCGAAGUCUGA